AGAAGCGACAGCAACUUAAUGCAGCCCUGAUCCUCUUCCUUCUACAGGAGAUCUCUAACCCGCACAACUAACUCCGAAGAUGCCCAGAAAAAGUGAAUUAGUAGACCAAUCAACAAAGACCGAAGAAACGAACAGGGAUGUGCUGCGUACCCGAAAGCGAAAAGCAGACGUUGCCAUUUGUUUGCAAGACUUGGAUGAAGUUUCGGAAGGACAGUCUGCGAAACCAUAUGAAAAGGAGGCUUACUGGAGAUCUGUAGCCAACUGUAUGAGUCCAUACAGACCCCAUUCAACAACAUGCACAAAUCCAGAUGAGACGGUUACAUCACGUUCUUCUAGUUAUAUGCAGUACAGGUUCAAAAAUGUUUUAGCCACUCCAACUAGAGCUUCACCAUUACCAAUAUUCUGCUGGGGAAAUCAUGAAGAAGUAUGGAAUAUCCUUCUGAAGAAGGAGCAGGCUUACUUGAGGGACAAAGAUGUUUUUCAAAAGCAUCCACUCUUGCAACCUAAGAUGAGAGCUAUUCUUCUUGACUGGCUAAUGGAGGUUUGUGAAGUCUACAAGCUACAUAGAGAGACACUUUAUUUAGCCCAAGACUUUUUCGAUAGAUUUAUGGCAACACAACAAAACAUUGUGAAGACUCGAUUACAGCUUAUUGGUAUAUCAGCUUUAUUUAUCGCUGCAAAACUAGAGGAAAUCUACCCACCAAAGCUACACCAGUUUGCCUAUGUUACUGAUGGAGCUUGCACAGAAGAAGAAAUCCUUAACAUGGAACUUGUUGUUAUGAAGGCUCUCAAGUGGAAUUUGUGCCCGAUAACAAUUGUGUCUUGGCUCAACAUCUACAUGCAAAUUGCAUAUUUGCAGGAAAUGUAUGAAAUAUUAAUACCACAGUACCCACAAGAAAUGUUUGUUCAAGUAAUGGAGCUAUUGGAUCUCUGUAUCUUGGAUUUCAGAUGUUUGGAGUUCACAUAUGGAGUUACAGCAGCUUCAGCUCUGUAUCACUUUUCUUCUUGUGAAUUAGUUCACAAAGUCUCAGGAUAAAGCUCUCUCAACGCA